AGUGAAAAGAUUACAAUCAUGUCAAGUUUCACCAUCUGCCACGUGUCACACAGCAGCGCACGCAUUAAACGUUUGAAUUUCGUGCUCUUUUUCUUGUAGCCGUUAAAACCCUUCUCCCUCACCCUCAACCACCUCAAUUGCUAGGGCUUCUCUCUCCCUCUCUCACACACACACACACAAUGCCGACGACCACCGCUCUCUUCUCCGGUUCAAUCCGCCGCCUCUUAAUCAAACAAUCCUACAUUAUUCAACAGCGCGGCCUCCGCCGCCUCCAUUCGGUGACAGAGUACCCCCUGACCCACCCAAUUUACACAAUUUGGGCUUCCAACACCUCUCUCGGCAAAACUCUGGUCUCCGCCGGCCUCACCAUGUCUUUCAUCUCCCCCUCCCCCUCCCCCUCCUCCGCAGCUCCGCUUCCUAAGAAGAGAUUUGUGUACCUUAAACCAGUUCAGACCGGGUUUCCCGAUGACUCAGAUUCGCGCUUUGUCUACAGAAAAUUCUCCGACUUCUUUGCUAGUAAGCCCCUGCCGUACUCUGUUUUUGCUUCGAAUUGUGUUCUCAAAGCUUCUAUUCCGGCUGCAAAUGAAGUCCUAGGGCACGGGGUUGUGGCUGGAAGUGUAGGGAACCAUAAUUUCGGGGUUGAGGGUGUCGAAAAAGGUGGGGGUUUCGAUUGUGGAUGGAAGAAUUUGAAUUGUUACGAGGAGAGGAAGUUGCAGGGGAGCGAGAGUAACGAGGCAGAACUAUUUCCAGUGUCUGAGGUUGUCUGCAAGACGAUGUACGGGUGGAAAGAGGCUGUGUCGCCUCAUUUAGCCGCUGCUAGGGAGGAAGCCGCAGUCGAGGAUUCAGAGGUAUUGGACAUGUUGAAGAGAUGUUUAAUAAAUGGAUUGGCUGGAAAAUCGGGUGCUUCGGAGGAGUUGGAAGUUAUGUGUGUGAUCGAGACAGCUGGCGGCGUAGCCAGUCCUGGCCCAUCUGGUACUCUUCAGUGCGACCUAUAUCGCCCUUUCCGUCUGCCAGCUAUUCUUGUGGGGGAUGGACGAUUAGGUGGUAUAUCAGGAACCAUAUCUGCUUAUGAAAGUCUAAAGAUUCGAGGAUAUGAUGUUGCUGCAGUUAUUUUUGAGGAUCACAGUCUCAUGAACGAGGUGCCCCUAUUAUCAUAUUUCCGAAAUAGGGUGCCUGUACUCGUGCUUCCAUCUAUUCCAAAAGACACGUCCGAUGAUCUGAUAGCAUGGUUCGACGAGUCUCAGACAGUUUUCAGUUCGCUCAAGGAGAUAAUGCUUUCAAAUUUUCUGGAAAGAACUCAGAGAUUACAUGACAUGCGAAAGAAAGCAUGUGAUGUAUUAUGGUGGCCAUUCACUCAGCAUAAGCUUGUACCAGAAGAAAAGGUUACAAUUAUAGAUUCACGCUGUGGAGAGAACUUUGCUGUUCACAAGUUUCAGAGUUUCGAUUGGAUUUCUCAACAAUUUGAUGCUUGUGCAAGUUGGUGGACACAAGGCCCUGAUGCUAAGUUGCAGAUUGAACUUGCUAGAGAUAUGGGCUAUACUGCUGCAAGAUAUGGGCAUGUGAUGUUCCCGGAGAAUGUAUACGAGCCAGCUCUAGAAUUAGCUGAAAUUUUGCUUGAAGCCGUGGGAAAAGGAUGGGCUUCUCGAGUGUACUUCUCCGAUAAUGGAUCUACAUCAGUAGAAAUUGCUCUCAAAAUGGCAUUUCGCAAGUUCUUGUCUGAUAAUAAAGUGCUCUUGGACCUUGUGAAUGCUAAUCCGGACGGAAGAUUCAUGGAUCUCAAGGUUUUAGCAUUGAAAGGAUCUUACCAUGGUGAUACAUUAGGUGCAAUGGAAGCCCAGGCGCCUUCACCUUAUACUGGCUUCCUCCAGCAACCCUGGUAUAGCGGAAGAGGUAUCUUUCUAGAUCCACCAACAGUUUCAAUGUAUGGUGGUGGUAUUUGGGAAGUUUCUCUCCCUGAGAAGAUGCAAUCCGACAAAUCUAAUCAUGAACGCCUGUCUUUUUGUUCGCGUGAUGAAGUUUUUAAGAGGAGCCGAGAUGGCUCAGCUCUUGCAGACCUUUACACUUCCUUCAUAUUACAAGAGUUGCAGUUGCUUUCAGAUACUAAUGAAAUUUCCCAUGUUGGAGCAUUGAUUAUCGAGCCAGUAGUACAGGGUGCUGGUGGAAUGCAAUUGAUUGAUCCACUGUAUCAGCGUAUACUUGUUAGCGAAUGCAAACGUCGAAAAAUUCCUGUUAUAUUUGAUGAGGUUUUUACAGGAUUUAGGCGACUUGGUAGAGAGUCUGCAGCAGAAAUGCUCCACUGUCAGCCGGAUAAUUCCUGUUUUUCAAAGCUGAUGACAGGUGGCAUCAUACCAUUGGCUGCUACAUUGGCGUCAGAUGCUGUUUUUGAAGCAUUUACAGGAGAAUCUAAGCUUAAGGCUCUUUUGCAUGGGCACUCGUAUUCUGCCCACGCCAUGGGAUGCGCAGCUGCUGUUAAGUCCAUCAAAUGGUUUAAGGACUCCAAGACAAACAUGAAUAUGAUAUCUGAAUCAAGAUUGCUUCAGGAGUUGUGGAAUGAAGAGAUAGUUCUCCAGAUUUCAUUACUUCCGGCAGUCCAUAGGGUGUUGGCUCUAGGAACUGUUUGUGCCAUCGAACUUGUAGCCGAAGGCUCUAAUGCUGGGUACGCUUCAACGUAUGCAACUUCUCUCGUAGAGAAGCUUCGUGAAGAUGGCAUAUAUAUGAGGCCAUUGGGCAACGUCAUUUAUCUAAUGUGCGGGCCCUGCACUUCUCCAGACAUCUGCCGUGUCCUUCUGGAGAAAGUUUAUGCAAGAAUCCAAGAGUUUGGCCGACAAGAUGUUUGAUUCUGUUUACUUGAAAUUCGGUACGUGAAUGAAUUAACAAAGCUCCUAUUGUGAUCUUAAACGGUCAGGUUUGAACCGAACUUCUCAACCUUCAUUUUUUCUUCUUUUUAUGUCAUUGAUAAGUUUCGGAAAAUAGUCAGGUCUAGUUUCCCAACUUUUUUGGACAUUAGAUUGAAUUCGAAACCGACUUCUAUAA